AUGGCUGAUGCAAAGGUUCUCAAAGCUCGAUCACCCUUGGCUGAGGCGACGAACCGCAUCAAUGCAGUCGCUCCUACGGUGGACCAGCAAAUGAAUAAAGUCCGAUACAAUCAGUCCGAUAUACUUCACACGAGAACCACCAACGCUGCGCGCGUCAGAGCAGACACUCGGCAGGCUGCAGUCUCGCAGCAAGUACUGACUACCAACCCUCACCCUGCACCGCAAACUUUAGAAGACGAUAAGCGCAUGUCCCAAGCCUCGUACGCUUCAACCUCGAGUAGCCGAAGCAGGAAGAACUACAAGACACAUAUAGGGCCAUGGCAGUUGGGCCGCACACUUGGAAAGGGCUCUUCAGCGCGUGUACGGCUAUGCAGACACAACAUUACCAACCAGCUUGCUGCAGUCAAGAUCGUCAACCGAAGAAUGGCCUACCUGGUUCACGAUAACUCAAUGGCUGCUCUCAGCAAGUGGGACAGCAGCCUGCCUGAUACCGUCAACGGAGAAAUGCGCGUUCCCAUGGCCAUUGAGCGUGAGGUGGCCAUUCUUAAACUGAUUGAACACCCGAAUAUUAUGAGGUUGUAUGAUAUAUGGGAAAACCGCUCCGAGAUUUAUCUCAUUCUGGAAUACAUUGACCAGGGCGACCUUUUCACCUUUAUAAAUUCUAGGGGACGACUACCAGAAGAACUCGCAAUUUUCUUCUUCCGGCAGAUGAUGAGCGCCAUCUCCUACUGUCACUCCUUCAACGUGUGCCACCGUGAUUUGAAGCCGGAAAAUAUUCUCAUCACGGCAGACUAUCAAAUCAAGAUUGCUGACUUUGGCAUGGCUGCGCUUCAUCAAACGGCUACGCAUCAGCUUGCUACAGCUUGCGGUAGCCCUCACUAUGCCGCACCAGAGCUCCUGAAGAACAGACAGUACCGCGGAGACCGUGCUGACAUUUGGAGCAUGGGUGUAAUCCUCUUCGCCAUGUUGUCCGCGACCCUCCCGUUCGACGACCCCGACUUGCGGCUCAUGAUGUCAAAGACGAAGAAGGGCCAGUACGAAAUGCCCAAAUUUCUAAGCCCCGAGGCCGAGGACCUCAUAAGGCGUAUGCUGCAGGUCAACCCUGACCGCCGAAUAACCAUGAAGGAAAUCUGGCGUCACCCUCUGGUCCAGAAGUACAGCUACCUCGACGAUUUUGGUGACAACAGCGGGCAACUCCCAGACACUCGAAAAGGCUUUCAGUACGCGCCUGUGCCUCGAGCUGACAUUGAUCCUCAGCUUCUUCGGCAGCUCCGAUCAAUGUGGCACAUGUUUAGCGAACAGGACCUUACCAACAAGCUGACAUGCCGAGAGCCUAAUGAUCAGAAGGCCUUUUAUUGGUUGCUCUACAACUAUCGGAACAAGCAACUGGAGGACUUCAAACCAGAACUGGCACAUUCCAUGAGCGACUACCAUCACUUGAAACCAGCCAUUUGGAAGAGACGAAUCUCGACUUGCCAAUUUGAGCAAACCCGCGCCAAUGGAAAUGGUCGCUCCAUAUCACGCUUCACCGUCAUCUCCAAUGCAGCCGAAACGGAGACGGAUGAUUGUGAUGGCUAUCCGGGUGGCAAAGGGUUUCAAAAAUGCGACUCUCAAGUCAGCCAAGCAAAGGUCACUGUGCAUCGCGAUGGGCAGGUGGUCAGUAGCACCACCACUACGCAGGCCAACAACAGGAUGCGAAACGGCUCCAAUAGCCGUCGCAUGCGAGCCAACUCUACGAUGGCCUCGCUCACAAGUCGACCGCAGUCGUCCCGCGGGUCUCUCGCAUCUCUGCGGAGCAGCAGACAAGAAAAUGCGCAGAUACGUGUGCCAAGUCUACGUCACAAGCGCGGCGUGGAUUUUUCCCACCUGCGCAAGAGAUCGGGCUCUGCAGGGCCUGGCCAGCGAGCCAUCGCCGGUAGGACGAGCUCCGGUGUGGCAAGUGGGAAGGCUCCUGCCGGUCAACAAUCUCCGGCGGCGCCAUCGCGGUCCCCGAGCCCCGGAACGAUGACAGUGACGGACGGAACCAUCCCCAAAGCCAUUGGGGCUCCUGAAAGUCGGGGGUCUGCACAAGAAAAUGGCGCGUCCUCGCUCUUCAACGAGGAGCUCCGUCACUUCAGCAACAACAUUGCCAAGGAUUGUGACGCAGCCUUCAAAAGCUCCAUCAUAAUCGAAGACUCGGAAUGCGACUCGUCAAUGGCGGAUGGCGAGCGUAAGCGGGAGUCUGAUCCGUUGUCGUUGUCGCUCGACAGCCCCGCGACCACGCUGCCACCAGUGACAGAAGCAUCGGCCGCAUCCUGGCUCAGCCGUCCUCUGCCACCACUGCCCAAGAAAUCGGGCCUUCAGCCUCGGCCAAGGGCAUCAGUCAAGGCAAGCGCAGGCCCAAACCGGGUUGACCAGGAAGUCGACGUAGAGGCAUCCAUCGAGGAAGCAAGCAGGGUUACUCUUCUCCUUCCCCGAAAGGCAGACCGACGCAUCGUAUCUGCUCCGGCGUAUAGUCAGCCAAGUCGCAAGCUGUCCACCUUGCCAUCGAUCAACGAAAAUGCCGGAAUUCAUGGUGACGGAAGCCGCGUCGUGUCGGCUCCACCACACAGCGUGAUGAGGAGGGUGAAUGUGGGGAAUCCCGGUGUGGAAUACCUCAGUAAGGUCGAGAACUCGAUCCGGAUCGUCAACUCGCCCACCUCCGCAAUCCCGAUUGGAUCAGUCAAUGCGCCGGUGACGCGGGAAAAGAGUGGCGAAGAUGCCAGUGGGUCAGCUUUGCAUCGACAACCGGCAGAUGGUGUCAACGUGGACGAGGAUGACGCCUGCGAUGUGAACCGAGGUCCCAAGAAGAAAAAAUCCUCAUGGUUCAAGCGCGUUUCGAGGAUCGAAACGAUUGCGGGAGGUGAGUUGAGAAGGGCUAGCGCGUCCAAUGAAGCAAAGCAGCAAUCGGGAUGUGGCGACGAUUCCGGCCUGCAAACCAGGAAGAGGAACUUUACGUUUCCCUUUUGGAAGGGCAGCAAGGGCAGUGAGAGCGGGAUGAUUAUCGAAGGCAUCAAGAAGAAUUCCUCACAGAAGCAACAGAUGAUGAGUCGCACGACUGCGCGAAAGCGAAGGUCCGGACUGGCGUCGUCGGAGUCUGGCAGCACGCGCAACAUUGAAGUGAAGCAAAAUUGGCUCACGCGCCUCUUUCGCGUGAAGCCAGCCAUCAGCUACCUCUGCAUGAACUUGUCGAGCAAGCGAGCUCGGCAGGAAGUUGUCGUUUUGCUGCGAGAGUGGCGAAGGUACGGGAUGAGGAGCAUUCAAGUGGAUAAGAAGCGGAAUGUCAUUUUUGGAAGGCUCGGGAGUGAAAACUAUUUGAGUUUGAAGGAAGUUGAAUUUGCUGCCGAGAUCAUGACGGUGAUUGAGCAUGGGAAAAAACAACCACUGUGCAUUGUUCGCUUCACUCAGGAGCGUGGAGCCGCAAGCAGUCUUCAUCGCAUCGUGGAAACAAUGAGGAUCAUAUUCCAGAGCAGACACCUUUUGGUGGCUGACAAGAACAAGCAGAAGAUGAUGAUUAAGACGCUCAACUCGUGA